AUGAAUGAGGCAACAUUACCACCCUCACCAAACUGGUAUUUAAGUAAUAUUCUUGCUUGUUCUUUUAAUGGUACUGUAGCAUGGGGUGCCAGAAAUGCUAUUGUUAUUGCUAAAUCUAGUGAAAAUAAUGAAAUAUUACAAUAUUCUAUCAUUAACCAUGCUCAUAAAUCAAAGGUAACAUCUCUUGCAUUUACUCCUCAAUUUGAAGUAGUAAAUGCUAAUUUAAUAGCUUCUACAGGAGAUGAUAAUAUAAUUAAAGUAUGGGAUUUAGAUACGUUAUCCACAACUUAUACUCAUUCCUUAGAAACUGAUAAACAAGCAAUAGGUGUAGAUUGGUCUUAUACAGAUCCACAUAUUAUAUGUGCAGCAAUUUCUGAUGGUUGUGUAUUAUCAUGGAAUAUUCAUUUUGAUGUCAUCUCUUCAAUUUUGUUAGGGAAAGUGAUACCUACUUGUAUCUCUUCUUGUCCCCAUGAUUCAUAUCUUGUAGCUGUAGGAUCUAAGAGUGGUUUAAUUUACAUUAUUAACUUUCAAGGAAAAGGAAAAAUAAUUUACAAGCUUAGAGGCCAUGAUACAGAAAUAGUUAGUUUAUCAUGGUGUCCUGCAAAGAAUAAUGUUUUAAGUGAAUCUUUAAGUAAGGAUUUACUGUUAGCUUCAGGAGGGAAAGAUAGAUCAGUAUUCAUUUGGAAAGCUGGUGGAGAUGGACGUUAUGAAAUGAAAAUUUCAUUGCCUGGAAAACCUCUUGAUUCUCAUCAGCAUAGAAGCAAAUUAAAUGCUUCUGUAGGUAAUUGGGUUGUAGUUAAAUGGAUUGAACCUAAAUUAUUACUGACAAGUUCGUUUUGGGGUGAAUUAAUUUCUUGGGAUUUAUCAAUGAUGACAAAUGGCAAACCUAAUGUCAAAUUAAUACAUGGAUAUCAUGGCAGAGGAUUGUUUUGUAUUGCACAUGUACCAAAUAUUCAAGACAUUUCCAAAGAAAAUUGGAGAAUAAAACCAAGGCAUACAAUUUGGACUUUGGCACAAGAUCGAAGAAUUAUUUGUUGCGGAAUAAAAGAAAAUAAUGUUGAAAUAGAUUAUGAUAUUUUCACUCAAAGUGGAUACAUUUAUUGUAUUGCUGCUUGCCCAUUAGAUACUUCACAUGUUGCAUUUGGAGUUGGAGAUGCAAUGUUGCGAUUAUGGAAUUUAUCAGAAGCACAUGAUACAACUUUUGAUAUAAUGGUUUUAUGGCAAAAAAUUAAGGGGAAAAUCCGUGCGAUAUCAUGGCAUCCUGAAAAAGAAAAUUUAUUAGCAUAUGCAACUGAAGAAGGUCGAGUAGGUGUAUUUAAUACAAAUAGUAAUAAAUUACCUAUAUUAUACAGACAAUAUCAUAGAAAUACAAUAUAUACUCUUAGCUGGGGGCCAAAUCCAGAAAAUGAACAAUAUGUUUUGUAUUCUUGUGGAGAAAAGGAACUUGUAUAUUAUGAUGUAGAAAAACCAAAUCAAGAACCUAAAUCUAUAGAGAAAGAAUGUACAGAAUUUUCUUGGAAACCAGAUUUUUCUUACUUGGCAGUAGGAUUUGAAAAUGGAACAAUUACAUUUUUUAAUCGAAAAUUUGAAGCCUGUGGGUAUGCUAAGUUUUCUUCAAAAAUAGUGCAUUGCUUGGCCUGGCAUCCUGAGAGUACAACAACAGACAUAACAUUUUCUUCAUUAAGAAAUUAUUUAGCUGUUGCUUUUGAAUCAUGUACUAUACUUAUUUUCGAUUUAUCUAAUUUUAUAGAUUAUUUUGCAAAAUUAGAAGAUUCGAGUAACAACGAUAAUUUAAAAGAAAAAUGUGAUACUUAUAAAGUACAUGAACUUGUAACAACUUUAACUGGACAUGUUCAAAAUGUUGUUUGUUUAGCAUGGAGUCCAUAUAUAAGUGGUUAUCUAAUAUCUGGUAGUUAUGAUAGAACUGCACAGGUAUGGAAUGUUGAAACACAAGAAUUAAUAGCUACUUAUACAGGACAUAGUGGUCCAGUACUUUGUUGUAUGUGGAGUCCACUAAACCCUGAUUAUAUUAUAACUGGCUCUGCAGAUUCCACAGUACGAAUAUGGAAAAUUGCAUAUAAUUUGCCACAAGAAAAAGUCUAUGAACGUUUACGAAACAAAACUAAAAAGAAACAAAAUAAAUCAAAUAAAGUUGCUAAUACUUUGAUUGAAAAUAAUUUAACUGAAUUAACUAAAGCUACUUCAGAAUGUUCACUUUUAGAUGUUUGCCAAAUUAAUCAAAAGUCAAAGGUAGUGGUGACAACAGAACCAAAAAGUAAAAAAUCUCAACGAUCAUAUUUUUCAAAAAGCUUUAAAGUAACGUGUGAGCGAGAACUCUUACUUGAUUCUCUUCUAAAUAUUAUAAAAAGUAUUAAAAACGAAAAUUUUAAUAUUGAAGAAGUUCAGGAAGACACUUCAUAUCAUAUGAUACCAAUAUUAUUUUCAGCACAAGAGAAUUUUGUAUCAUGUUUAACUAAUGAAAAAUGUGCACAUGCUGAGAAAAAUAAAUAUGAUGUAGUCACAGAAAUGGAUGUAUGGUGUGAUAAUCUUAAUCAAAAUUUAGAAGAAGCUGCAAAAGAGAAACGCCUUAAUGACUUUCUCGUUUCACUUUCAGCUAGUUUAUCCAUGAAGAUGUGGAAAGAUAUGUGUGAAUUGUAUGCAUAUCAGUUAGUAACAGAAGGCAAUCCUUAUAAAGCAGUAUCAUAUUUACUUUGUAUACAUAAAACCUACAAAGCUAUAGAAGUGUUUCAAGAUGCCAAUUUAUAUAAAGAAGCAUAUAUUCUUGCAAGAUGCAAACUUGAAUCUGAUGAUCCAGUGUUAACAGAAAUUUUAAAACAUUGGGAACAAUAUAGUGUAAAGUUAGGUAAUUUUGAGCAAGCAGCAUACAUUUCUGCUAAAUUAGGAGAAUUUUCUGAUACAGUAAAAUAUCUUGCGCGCCGUAAAGAUGCACUUACUUUAGUAACAGCAGCUAAAAUCGCUCUUUUAUGCAAUGAUGAUAUUUUAAGUAAAUCUGUAGUUGAACAAGCAUUAAUUGCAGCUUUCACAAAUUCAGAUUAUGGAGCAGCACGAAAUAUAAUAGCAACAUAUUCAUAUCUUAAGUACCAAGAAAUACAUUUAUUAACUUUUGAAGAACUUGAAAAAGUGAUUGAGAAAGAUGUUAGUUUUGAUAUGAUUCAAAUGUGGAUAGACGGAAAAUCAAAUUAUGGUUUAUUGCAAACUUUAGAAACAAUUUGUGGAGAUUGUACUUGUUAUUAUUUUGAUUUAUGUCAAAAUAGCUUUUGUAAUAUUUUAGACAAUGAAAGAAUGUUAUGGUUGAUAGUUGGUCAUGAAGUUGCACUAGCAAUAGCCUCUACUGAAAAAGAACAGAAAUUAAAACAUAUUGUCACUGCAUUACAUUCAAUUACACAAUUUGAAAUAUUACAUCAAAAAGAAUUAAAAAAUUAUAUCUUAAUUGAAAUUAUUAUAAAGUUAGAUAUUAAAAGUGUAAUGGAUGAAAUGAGCAUUUAUACAAGAACUGAACAUUUUAUAUCAAUUAGUUUGCGAGCUUAUUUAUGUUAUGCUCUUCUAAAUUGGUUUAUAUACAAUAUAGACAAAGAACCUGUCAAUAAUAAUGUACAAAUUUAUGUUAAUUUGAUUGAGCAUUUACUUCAGGAUGCACUAAAUAAACAAGUAGUGAGGCAUUGGACAGUAACAAAUGAAAUUAAUCAACUGGAAAAUCAAAUAGCUUCUGUAAAAUGUAAAGCACAAAAAGAAAGUAAAACUGAUCAAGAUGUAAGCUCUGUAAUGGAAGAACUAAAUGUGUUAAAAACACAGAAGAAACAAAUUCUCAAUGAACUAGUUCAUGUUCCAAAUCCUGUUAUGGUAUAUGGCAAAGCAAAUGAGUUAUGUAGCAAAUUAUUGGAUGAAACUAUUAAAGAUGAGUUUUCGAAAAAUAUUUCAACAACGUGGUUGAACGCUAUGUCAUAAAUAAACAUGUAUUUCAUUUUCGAUAUAAUCUUUUCAUAAACACCGCAUUAUGUAUUCAUGAUA